AGAACUUGUAAGAUUACUACAUCCAUUUUGUGCAGCUCUAAAUAAAUUACAGAGGGAUAAAGCACGUUUAGAUCAUGUAUUAUAUAGUUUUGGUAAAAUUGUUCAAAUGAUACAAGAAAUUCCAUUGGAAGAAUUUAAAAAUCAAAUGUUGAUACAAUUGCAAAAUCAACCCAAUAAUAUUCUUAAUGAGUUGGAAGAUUUUGCAAAAGGAAAAGAUCCCUAUGAUCCUGAUAUAGCGGAACAAUUUAAUGAUGACCCACUAAAAUAUUGGAGUUAUAUGGGUGGUGGUACUAAUAAAGAACUUCAUAAAGUUGCAAAAAGAGUAUUUACAAUAACAGUGAUGACUGCUGCAGUUGAACACUUGUUUCUAAUAUGGGGCAUUUACAUUCAGACAGAAGAAAUAGACUUGAU